UUAAAAUAUAUUAGGUCUACAUUCAGGGUUCCUCCUCCCCUUUUUGGUUCAUAAGGAAACUUAUUUUUUGCAUGUAUUAUCCUAGUUAAACGAGUUAAAAAAUUACCUUAGGAGUACCCCUCUGAUUUCUCUUUUACAAGCAUUUGUGAAGAAAGUGAACCCAUGACUUAAGUACUGAUAAGUCACAAAUAGGCAUUCAAUGUAUUGAUGACCCCGUUGCAUUGUCUGUUUGUUGUUCAAAACCUUUUAAAAAUUACCCUAUCUUCUGUUUGAUAUUAUGUUUUCCUGUUUAGAAUAUUUAAAUGAAGAAAUAUCUGCAAAUAUGUAUGGUUUUGUUUUACAGUAUUAAAUGGGAACAACCAUUGAUCUCUUCCAAAGAUAAAGUGUUUUACAUUCUUUAAAUCGACCUUCACUAUUUAUAGCAUAUAUGAACAUUAUUAUAAGAUUAGAUUUACCUAAAAAUUAUAAAUAAAAAUCCUUUUGUGAUACAUCCCACAACAUUUUUGAAUACUCUUUUCAGCUGAGUUGUACUGUUACAGCUAUGUUUAUUUUAUAUGACCCAUCUCCCUCCAUGAUUUCAGGCAACAGGGCAAAAGGUAGACAUUAUUUGCUUGGUAUUUGUCUCUGUCUCUGUCUCUGUCUCUCUAUUUUAGUAGUAGGGGUUGAAAUCAUGACAUCCACACUGAAUUACAUCCCCAGCCUUUUUUAGACACAGGAUCUUAACUUGCUAAACUGCCCAGGCAAAAAUCAAACUUGGAGUUCUCUUGCCUCAGACAAGACUGCUGGGAUUACAGGCUUUUACCAUCCCAGCCUGCUGGUUAUAAAUACUUCUAUUCCAAACUGGGCCAAUCUGAUACUCAGGUUUUUUAAUAGCUUUAGACACCUGAUAUAACAUAGUCUCUCUGUUACAAACUUUACAAGAAAGUAAUUUCACAUUUGGUUAGCCAAAUGUGGUUAGCCAAAUACAUGGAGAGAAGUACAGAAAAUCUAUCUAUUGAGAUCAUGAAAGUGCCAAUUGAGUAACCUUACUUAGGUUUUCUUAUUAUACAAGUUUCAGUCCCUCCUAAGUCUACUUUCUUUCUUAGGUUUUUGAGGAUGAACAUACACUUUAUAAAUGUACUUCCUCUAAGAUAGCUAUGUGAGAACUUUUUUCUCAUUAAAAAUUAUGUUUAGCUGGGCUUGGGAUACAGCUCAGCACCACAGCCUGACAUGUACAACGUCCUCAGUUUGAUUCCAGGUGCAAAAAAAUUAUGUUUAGCUAUUUUGUAUGAAUUGGUUGGACCUCACUAUUGAUUUGAGAUAUUAAUUGUGGCUCUUUAUAUUAAUUAACACUUAUUAUCAAAGGGACAUUGUAUUAGUAGUGUGGAAGGGAUAAAUACAAGGUUUUGUUAAAAUAGCUAAUUUUGAGAACUGGGAAAUUUUUUCAGUGGUACAGUUUUCAAAGUAUUUAACAGAAAUACUUAGAAAAUUCUGCUAUGUAAGAAAUUUGAAAUAUAAUAAUAAUAAUAAUAGCAUUAAUGUAAAAUAACACUGACAAUGGAAAAUGUUUCUAGCUUCCCUUAUUCAUAAUCAUAACUUUGUUGUUGUAUUGUUUCCUUUUACAAUACAUGUCUUUGGUUAGAAGGGGCCAUGUAUUUUGCUACUUAAUGGAAAUACAUUUUAGAUCACUCUGAGUUGUUUCAAAUUGCUACUCAAAAGGUCAUAAACUUCGGGACUUAGAAACACAACUUGUUUAUAAAGAACUAUAACUGCAGCUGGAAAAGAAUCCUAACAAAAAUUUCAAAUUAAUUGUGAUUUAUCCAUUGAUCCCUUUGAUAAAUAUUUGCUGAGUACCUACUAUGUAUCAGGGAUUGUUUUAGAGAUUUGGAAUGCAGCACUGAUAAAAACCAAGUCCUAGUACUUAUAAGUGAUGUAGAACAUAAAUGAUUAAAUACAUACACUUAGGCUAUGUCAGAUGAUAUGUGCUAGGAAGACAAAAGUUUAAGUGGCCUCAUAUACAUUUCCUUAUAUUUGGAAACUUUCAUAAAGUUAUACCUCUUUAACCUUAUGUGAAGAGGAUAUCAUUAAUUGGAAUGAACUUGUGACCUUUUCUUGAUGUAAUUCAACACAUGUGGUACAUACACUGCCUAGCAUUUAAAUAUAGAGGAAUUCAUCCUUUUGUCACAGAAUUUUAAAUAAUUACAUAGAUUUAUGUUGUUAAUUUUACAAAAUUACUGAUCACUAUUAUUUCUUCUUUCACUGCUUAAUGUCCCUCAGAUACUUCUCAACUAUAGAAUGUAGGGGCCGUGUCUAUGUUGUUUGCUGAUAUAUUUCAGAACCUGACACAUAGAAAUCAGUAAUACUUCUCUGAGAAUGAGCAAUUAUGGUUGUAUGAUAUAGUGUUUAAUCAUCUCCCUCCUUCCAAACAAUUUCCAAACUUCUAAUAACGUUUAUACAAAUAGUAUUCAUGUAGCAAUUCAUUUCGAAGCAAAACCAACGCAUGGUGGCGCUGCAGGCUAAGGCUUUAACAGAGACCCUGUAAAUGCCAGCUCUCCUGCGGAAGAGAAAAGCCUGAAAGCAGAGGUCUGACCACUAAGUCUUUGGAUAUUCCUAUUUAGUUCCUCUCUGGACAGAUUAUCAACUGACAGAUACAUACUCGUCUCAGGCGCAUUGCUUGCUGAUGUACUGCUGAGCCCGUUCCCGCAUAGACAUUUGCAAAAGUAAACAUGAAGGCCGGAGGGGGACGCAAAGAAAGGCAAGUUCUGAUUCUCUUUCUCUUACUGGGAGUGGCUCUAGCAGGCUGGGAUGCCGGUCGCUAUUUUGUGCUGGAGGAAACAGAAAGCAGCUCUUUUGUGGCUGAUCUCAUCAAGGAUCUAGGGCUGGGAGUAGAGGAGCUGGCUCAGCGGGGAGCCCGGGUGGCCUCUGAGGAUAAUGAACCACGCCUGCAUCUCGAUCAACAGACCGGGAAAUUGUUAUUAAAUGAGAAGCUGGACCGGGAGGAGCUGUGCGGUCCUGCGGAUCCCUGUGUAAUGCAUUUCCAAGUGCUACUGAAAAAGCCACUGGAAGUAUUCCGAGCUGAGUUACUUGUAGGAGAUAUAAAUGAUCAUUCUCCAGAGUUUCCUGAAAAAGAGAUGACUCUGAAAAUCUCAGAGAAUAGCCCUCCUGGAACUGUGUUUCUUUUGAAAAAAGCUCAGGAUUUGGACGUGGGCAUCAACAAUAUUCAAAACUACAAUAUUAGCCCCAACUUUCAUUUCCAUGUUUCCAUCCGCAAUCAGGGAGAUGACAGGAAGCACCCAGAGCUGGUGCUGGACAAAGAACUGGACCGCGAGGAGCAGAGUGAGUUCAGAUUAACCCUGACAGCGCUGGAUGGCGGCUCUCCUCCGCGAUCUGGCACUGCCAAAAUCCGUGUCUUGGUCAUGGACGUCAAUGACAACGCCCCAGCAUUUGCACAGACACUCUAUGAGGUACAGGUACCAGAGAACACACCUUUAGGGACUCUCAUUGUUAAAGUUUCUGCUAGGGAUUUAGAUAUUGGAACAAAUGCAGAGAUAUCAUACUCCCUUUAUAGUUCCCAAGAGAUAGGUAAAACGUUUGAACUAAGCAGCAGUUCAGGAGAAGUUCGACUAAUUAAAUUACUAGAUUUUGAGACAAUACCGUCAUAUGAACUAGAUAUAGAGGCAUCCGACGGCGGGGGGCUUUCUGGAAAAUGUUCUGUUUCUAUUAAAGUAUUGGAUGUUAACGAUAAUUCCCCAGAAAUAACUAUUUCAUCACUUAUCAGUUCUAUUCCUGAAAAUUCCCCAGAGACAGAGGUGGCUCUGUUUAAGACCCGAGACCGAGACUCUGGGGAAAAUGGAAAAAUGGUUUGUUCCAUCCAGGAUGAUAUUCCCUUUGCGCUGAAACCUUCUGUAGAGAAUUUCUACAGGCUCGUAACAGAAGGAGCUCUCGACAGAGAGACCACAGCCCAGUACAACAUCACCAUCACAGUCACCGACCUGGGGACGCCCAGGCUGAAAACCCAGCACACCAUCACCGUGCUGGUCUCCGACGUCAACGACAACGCCCCCACCUUCACCCAAAGCUCCUACACCCUCUCGGUGCCCGAGAACAACAGCCCCGCCCUGCACAUCGGCAGCGUCAGCGCCACAGACUCAGACUCGGGCACCAACGCCCAGCUCACCUACUCGCUGCUGCCGCCGCCCCACGACCCGCUCCCGGGCCUCGCCUCGCUCGUGUCCAUCAACGCCGACACCGGCCAGCUGUUCGCGCUGCGGGCGCUGGACUACGAGGCCCUGCGCGCCUUCGAGUUCCGCGUGCGCGCCACCGACCGCGGCGCGCCCCCGCUCAGCGGCCAGGCGCGCGUGCGCGUGCGCGUGCUGGACGCCAACGACAACGCGCCCUUCGUGCUGCACCCGCUGCAGAACGCGUCCGCGCCCUGCACCGAGCUGCUGCCCCGCGCCGCCCAGCCCGGAUACCUGCUCACCAAGGUGGUGGCGGUGGACGCCGACGCGGGCCAGAACGCCUGGCUGUCCUUCCAGCUGCUGCAGGCCAGCGAGCCCGGGCUGUUCAGCGUGUGGGCGCACAGCGGCGAGGUGCGCACCGCCAGGCCGCCGGGCGAGCGCGACGCGCCCAGGCAGCGGCUGCUCGUGCUGGUCAGGGACAACGGCCAGCCGCCGCUGUCGGCCAGCGUCACGCUGCACGUGCUGCUGGUGGACGGCUUCUCGCAGCCGCACCUGCCUGGGCCCGAGGCGGCGGCCGAGCGCGCGCAGGCCGACCCGCUCACCGGCCCCCUGGUGGUGGCGCUGGCCUCGGUGUCGUCGCUCUUUCUGUGCUGGCUGCUGCUCUUCGUGGCGCUGAGGCUGUGCGGGAGGAGCGGGCGGGCCGCGCUGCCUGGCUGCCCUGCGCCCGAGGGCCCCUUUCCGGGCCAGCUGCUGGACGUCAGCAGGGCGGGCACGCUGGCCCACAGCUACCAGUAUGAGGUGUGUCUCACUGGAGACUCUCAAGAUAAUGAGUUCCAAUUCUUGAAGCCGGCCUUCCCCAAUAUUUUGGGCAAGGAUUCUGGGAGAAAAUCAGAUGGUAACCCAAAUUUUCAGAAUAAUUUAGGUAUGUGAAUCUUCUUACUUGCUAUACUAAUUUUGUCUGCUUUACUCCUCCAUUUCAUUUUUAUCUUUGUAGUCACCUCGCAUUUUAUUUUUUACUUUGUUUUCUCUUGGUAAUGUUUUAUUUGUUUGCUGUAGAUCAUUUCUAUUAGUAAAUGUUUCUAUCAGGAACUUUCAUGUUUCUGAUUAAAUUUUUAGUAUUAAUUCCUGAAGAAAGAAUGUCAACCCCUUCUAAUAAACAUAAUUUUGAAGUCCUUCCCACUGUAUGAAACUGUGUCAAAUGUAAGGUUGCUCUUUUGUUACACUUUAUUUUUAAAUGUUGGAUUUUUUUGUUUAUUCAGUUGUAAUAGUUGACUAACCCUGUUUCUGUCUGAGAUGUAGUCAGUUGAUUAAAAUCCAGUUUCUUUCAAGUUCCCUUGGAAUUCUUUUAUUUUUGUGUUUCAGUAAGCAGUAACAUGAAUAGUUUAAAACUAUUUCCACAUCACAUUUGUAAACAUUAGGCUUUUACUCUAAAAUACAUGUUACCCCAUGGAAAUGUAUUUGCAGGAAAUAUUACUUCUUUGUUUCUUUUUUUUUUUUUACCAGAAAUCUAACUCAGGACCUUGCACUCGCCAGGCAGGCUCUGUGCCACUCAGCUAGAUCCCUGACCUCAACUAUUAUUACUGAUCUACAUUAAUGUAGAAGAGAUUUCUGAGCUCCUCCUCAUGUCUAACUGAAGUUGUAAUGCUGAUAAACUGCUUGACAGGUGCUUUACUGAUGCAUAGAUUGACCAUAUUUAAGAAAUUCCUAUAAGGCCAAUUAAUACUGUAACUCCUAUAUGACCAAGUGAUGCAUUUCUUACAAUUAUCCCUUGCUCUUGAAGGGAAAUUCCCAGUGAGUUCAAUAUUCUGGAAUUACAAGAGCUUCUGAUUUUACAGCAUGCUAAUAUUUACUUACUUUUGAAUGCUUAACUUUUUAUUUGAUAAAUAAUCAAAGAAUACAUUGUAGAAUUAUUCCUGCUGCUCCUGACUGUUAACUAAGUGAAAUUUAUAAAAUGAUAUAUUGAUAAAGAAGUUGAAUGAUUUGGAGAAGUUAUUUUGGAUAAUAAUGCCUGCACCCAAAGAGGUACACAUUCUAAUUUCUGGAAUUUUGCAAUAUAUUCUGUUAAAUUGCAAACAGAAAUUAAGCUAAAUAGAGUUGCCAGUCAGCUAAAUUUAACAUAGGAAGACUAUCGUGGAUAAUGUGAGUGUCCUGGUUCAAGAAGUUGAAAGAAUUCAAAGGCACAACCUGAAUCUUUCCUAAGUGAAAUUCUGCCAAAGAACAGCAGGUUCCACCUGUGUCUAUGUUCCAACUUGCCUUCCCUGUUGACCAUACAGGUGAUACAUUUAUCUAGCCAGCUUCCACAAUUGAGUAAAUUGCUUCCUUGCAGUAAAUCUUUUUGUCUCCGUUUCUCUGAUUGAACCCUGACUGAUGCAGAGUUUGGCAGCUGAUGUGCUACUGUAACAAUACCUAAAAAUAAGAAAGUAGAUUUUGAAUGGAGAAGUACACAGAGGCUGGAAGAAUUUAGAAAAGCCCAAUGUAGAAACCUUGAUUUCUUUAAACAGACUAUUAGUGAAAAUGUGUUCACAACUGCUAGAGAGGAUUCAGCAGGAACUAAGGAUGGUGGUAGAUAAUCAUAAAUACUUAUAGAGUAAGUAGAUCAUUUAAAGAAGACUUUGGGAAGAAAUGUAGUUGUUAAAGCUAAUGCUAUAAGGCUCAGAAAUGUGUAAAAUGGUAAACAGAGAAAAAGAAAUACAAUCAUUUAGUGGCCCAAAACUUAGGUGCAGUUAUGUGAAAAGAAAGGAUUACUAUUCUUAAGCUAUCUAGGGAGAGACUUAGGUCUUUUAUCCCAAACAAGCAUUCAAUGAGAGUUCACAUUGGUUGUAAUUAAUCUAAAUUUACUAGGAUAAAGGCCUGACUCUAAUACUCCAUUUUCAGAGCUUGAAUCCUCUGGGGAAUACAACCAAAAACAAUCAGAAUAUUGUCCCAAUUGCUAGAUCAGUAGCCUGAAAAUUACUGCAAAAGUCUUACCACAGAUUAUGGGCGCUUUCUGUGUCAUGUUCUUUCAAUUUUAUGUAAGCAAGUCAAGAACUAGGGAUGUUUAAAUGAUUGGUAUUGUGCAAAUUGAUAGCUGCAGAAACACCUAACAUUGUUUGGACGUUAAAUUUGAUUUGAAAUAAAAAGACAUACCAAAUCUCUUGAUUAA